AUGCUGAGGUCUGAUGCGUGCCACCUCAAUGGCCUAUCAGAGAAGGGCAUGUGGCGCAAGGAGGAGUGUCCGAAGGACAGAGGGGGAUACUUCAUUGUGAAGGGCAUGGAGAAGGUGAGAAAGGGAGAUUUCUUAUUCCACUCGGAGGAGUGUCCCAAGGACAGCGGGGGAAACUUCAUUGUGAAGGGGAUGGAGAAGGUGAGGAGGGAGAGGGAUGGUGAAGGGAAGGUGGUCAUUCCCCAGCUCGUGCGAGCACCCAACACCAUCCUAGUCGAGCCGGCACCUCCCCUUUCAUCCCUUUUCCCUGCCCUCUUCCCCUUUCCAACAGGUGGUCAUUCCCCAGCUCGUGCGAGCACCCAACACCAUCCUAGUCGAGUCGAGCCGGCACCUCCCCCUUCCGGCCUUGUCUCUCUAUCAUUCCUUCUCCCCACCUCUGCUCCCCCUGUACACCCACAGGUGGUCAUUCCCCACCUCGUGCAAGCACCCAACACCAUCCUCGUCGAGCCUGCACCUCCCCUGUCCGCUUCUGCUGCUGCCAGAGCUGCCUCGAUGGGCGGCGGGGCAGCAGAAGGGGCGGGAGCGUGGAGGGACGAGUGGGUGGCGUCCGUUGUCUCUACUGAGGACGAUAUGGGAGGGCUCAAGGCAGGGCCACGGGCAAAAACAAGCUCAGCACCUGCAACUGCCAUGUCAGCUGCAGCAGCUGCCACGUCAGCAACCAGCGCAAGCGCUUCCCGCAUCCUUCAAAUCCAUCUCCCAUAUUUCAGCUGCCCGGUUAAUCUCUUCCUCUUCCUUCGUGCCCUGGGAGUUCGGUCAGAUAAGGAAAUAUUUGAAAUGAUUCUCGGGCACCCACUGAAAGAAAGUGAGGGCAUGGUGGGGGCAGGGGAAGAGAGGGGAGGGAAGGGGGCCGAUAGUGUGGGGAGAGGGAUGGAAAGAAAGGCGGGAUUAGGAGAAGAGGAGGAGGGUGGUGAGGGAGAGGAGGGAAAGCAGGAGGGAGAGGAGGAGGGGGAGAGGGGUGCGUGGUUCAAGGCCAAGAGACACAAGAGAGCAGCGAAUGUCAUUGUCAUAGAUGACAGUGAUGAUGAUGCUGAUGGUGUAGCAGCUGCUGCUGCCGUUGCUGGUGGUGGUGGUGGGGAUUCUACUGAUGAUGCUGAUGGGGGAAUGGGAGGAGAAGGUGAGAAGGAGGGAGGAAAGAGGGAAGGAGGGAAGCGCGAAGGAGGGAUGGAAGGAGGGAUGGAAGGAGGAGAGGAAGCGCAAGCACUGAUGAGGCGGCAGCAGGAGGUGCUGCAGCUGCUGCAGCACACGUGUGAAGAGAACCGGAGUAGCAACCAACAGGCUGCGCUUGCUUCUCUGGAGUCUCUGACUCACAACAACAGGCUCUCUGCAUGGGAGCUUCUGGCCAAUGACAUGCUGCCACAUGUCGCCUCCGGCCCCGCCUCUCUCCCUGCCAAGGCACAGUUUGUUGCUUACAUGGCUCGAAGGCUCUGCUCCACCUGUCUUGGAUAUACCCCUCCGGAUGACCCUCGCAGCCUGACGCACCUCAAAGUGGAAACCUCCGGGAAGCUUCUGGAGGACCAGUUCGUCGCAGGGCUGGACAGCCUGUGCUGGUGGAUCGAGCGUGAGGUCACCCGCCACGUCAGCAGGUCUCUCAGGAGCCACGUCAGCAGUGGUACAGUCAGCAGCACGAGGAUGGGGUGGGGGAGGGAGGGGAGGGGGGUGACUGUGGCAGCAGCAGUGGGGGAGGAGAGGAGGGAGGUGGUGUUGGGGUAUUUGAAGCGGCUGCCGUACCGCGUAUUUGUGAACAAAGACUGCAUAUCACUGCGGUUGGAGCCGGCUCUAGCAACUGGAAACUGGCACCGGCCCGGGAGCUACGGCCGAGCCAAAGGCGGCAGGUUCGGCAGCGGCAGCCAGGGAAGGUUCGGCGGAGGGUGGUAUGGGAUGAGCAGCAGCAGUCUGCAUGCGAGUGAGCCACUCAACCGGCUGUCUGCUGCGGCGGCACUGUCACAGCUCAGGAGGAUGGAGGUGCCUUCCCAUCGAUCCAACACCUCUGCUGCUGCAAGACAGAUCCAUGCGACUUCUUUUGACCGCAUUUGCGCACUUGAAACCCCCAAGUCCGAGGCGAUAGGUUUCUCCCUCAACCUAGCCCUUGCUACCUGCGUCUCUAAAGAACCCCCCUCUGUAAUUCCCCUUUCCGCCCCCCUCUCCUCACCCCCUUCUCCCCCACCCCAUCCCAGCCAUGCGACAUUCUUUGGUCGCAUCUGCCCGUUGGAAACCCCCAAGUCCGAGGCGAUAGGUUUCUCCCUCAACCUUGCCCUUGCUACCUGCGUCUCUGGGGAAGGGGGAGAGGAGGAGGAAGAGAAAAAGGCAGAAGAAGAGGAAGGAGAGGGCGUGGGCGGGCAAGGGGGAGGAGCAGGGAAGGCAGAUGGGGGAGGAGGGAAUGGGGGAGGGGGACAGCAAGGAAGGGCAGGGACCAACGCUGGUGCUUGUGGUGGUGGUGAUACUCAUGCCAGAGCGGUUGAGAGUGGUGAUGAUGAGGACGUUUGGGCUUUGGAUGAUAUUGUUGACGGUGCUGACAAGCUUUUUGCUUCGGAGAACCGAGAGGGGAACGGAGAGGGAAACCGAGAGGGGGAGCGGAAGGGGCGUGAGGAGAAAGGUGUGGGGAUGGAUGGAUCCAAGGAGGGCCAUACAGGAUCGGAUAGAGGAACAAGGGUGAAGGAGGAGGAGCAAGGAGGAGAAAUAAGGGUGAGGGAGGAGGAGGAGGAGGAGGAGGAGGAGGAGGAGGAGGAGGAGGAGGAGGAGGAGGAGGAGGAGGAGGAGGAGGAGGAGGAGGAGGAGGAGGAGGAGGAGUGUGGCUACUACCGUAUGACUGCUUCUAAACCUAACCUUCUACUACUCACUGGUCUCUCCCCUUCUUCUCUUCUCGGCAUGGCCUAUCACCCCGCCUUGCACUCCCUGGACCUCGCCUCCUCCCAUCUCAACGUGGUCACCAUGCAUUUGACUCAUCUGGGCAUGGCCUUUCACCCCGCCCUGCACGCCCUGCACCUCGCCUCCUCCCCUGGUCGCAUCCUCCGCCCCUUGCUGCUGCAACAGCCACCCAUCGACCUGCCGCACAGUACCAGCAGCAGCAGCAGCAGCAGCAGCAGCAGCAGCAACAGCCACACGUGGGAGCAGGCAUGGCAGGGCAUGCUCGCAGCAGGAGCAGUAGAGUACGUAGAUGCAGCAGAGGAGGCGGCUAACUGCAACCCUGUUCCAGCAGAACCGCUCCUUGCUGCUGAACAGCACAGCCUGGGACUCGUCGUGUCAAGCCCAUGGGAUGAAAACGGAGCAGCACGGAGUGCUAGGCAGCAAUCCCCAGACUCUACUCUGUCUCUGUCAUCCUUUCUUCAAGACUCGCCUGGUUGGGAUGCAUCUGCUCGCUACUCCCACGUGGAGAUUCAUCCGGAGCUGGUGUUUGGAGUGAUUGCGUCGGCUCUGCCUUUUGUGAAUCACAAUGGCGUCUCUCGCAGCACUGGUGCAGCCCACAUGUUCAAGCAGGCCAUGGGUGUGCCUGCAUACAACCUCCCCCAUCGCUCUGACCGCACGCUCUUCCCUCUGCACUACCCACAGCGCGGGGGUGCCUGUGUGUGUGUCUGCCUGACGUCUCCCUUUCCUCCCUACCCGUCUCCACUCUUCCCACCCCAUCUCCUACAGGCCAUGGGCGUGCCAGCGUACAACCUCCCCCAUCGCUCCGAUCGCACGCUCUUCACUCUUCAUUACCCGCAGCGGCCGCUUGUUGCCUCCAGAAUUGCUGAGCUCGCCAGUGGCCUUUCAGACUUCCCCAAUGGGCAGAAUGCCAUUGUCGCCGUGAUGAGCGCUGGAUACAACCAGGAGGAUGCAUUGAUCAUCAACCAGGCGUCAGUUGACAGAGGGCUGUUCGGCAGCACCACCUUCAGAAGCUUCGUGGAAGAGGAGAGUAGAGGAAAGAGAGGGAGAAAAGGCGAGGGACGACCUCUGCGAGCUAAGGCGGAGCCGAUAGAUCUUACGCAAGAUGAUGAUAAUGCUGACGUGGCGAUGGCGCAGGCUGACGAGAAGGAUGCCACGUGGCAAGAUGAUGAGAAUGUGGCGGCCAAGCAAGAUGAUGACGUGGCAGUGAAUCAAGCGACGGGUGGAUGGGGGGAGCAAGGAGGGUCAGGGUCAGCAGGAGAAGGAGGAAGAGAAGAAGCAGCAGCAGCAGGGUGGGGUGAGAGGAGUGAGAAGGAGGGGGGUGGGAAUGGUGGGUGGGGCGGAAGUGAGAGGGCGGAGGGUGGGGUUGGUGGAUGGGGUGAGGGUCAUGGUGCUGCUGCUGCUGCUGCUGCUGCUGCGGAUAACAGUGAUGGUGUUGGUCGUGCUGGUGCUGCUGAUGGUGGGGAGGAUGGGGAUGGUGCGUGGGGUGGUGGUAAUGGUGAUGGUGAGGGUGGUGAUGGUGAUGGUGCUGUUGCUGCCGCUGGUGUGGAUAACAGUAAUGCUGUUGGUCGUGAUGACGAGUGGGGGAGUGGCGCUGCUGAUACUGCUGCUCGUAGGGAUGGUGGGGAUGGUUGGGGUGGUAAUGCGGGUGGGAGUGGUGAGGGUGAUGGUGAGGGUGGUGGUGGGAGUGGUGAGGGUGAUGGUGGGGGUGGUGGUACUGGUGAGGGUGGUGGAUGGGGUAAUGAGGAGGAUACAGGAAGAGUAGGAGGAGGAGCAGCAGCAAUGGCAGUAGCAGAAGAAGAAGCAGGGGGGUGGGGUGCAAGUGACAAGGAGAGGGACGCGGGUGGCGGGAUGAAUAACAGUGAAGGAGGGGUCGGAGGGGAAGGAGAGGGAGGUUGGGGUCUUGCUGCUGGUGCUAUUGGCGCUGAUAAUGGUGGUGCUGCUGGUGACUUUGGUGCGGAUACUGCUGGUGUUGCUGGUCGUGGUGGUGGGUUGAGUGGCAGUGGAGAAGGGGGAGGAGGGGGAGGGUGGGGUGCUGCUGGUGACGAUGGUGGUGAUACUGCUGGUGUUGCUGGUCGUGGUGGUGGGUGGGGGAAUGGUGCUGCUAAUGCUGCUGAUGCUGGUGGUGGGGGUGGUUGGGGUGAGGAGGGUGGAGAGGAGGAGGAUAGAGGAAGAGAGGGAGUAGCAGCAACAGCAGAAGCAGUGGGCUGGGGUGCAAGUGACAAGGAAGGGGACGAUUGUGGAGGGUUAAAUGGCAGGGUGGGCGGAGGAGGGGGUCGGGGUGGUGAGGAGGAGAAUAGUGGAAGAGAGGGAGGAGGAGCAGCAGCAACACAAGCAGGGGGGUGGGGUGCAAAUGAUAAGGAGGGUGACGAGGGUGGUGAGUUGAAUGGCAGUGGGGGAGGGGGGCGAGGGGAAGGAGAGGGAGGAUGGGGGGGAGGGGGAGGAGAGGAAGGAGGGGGAGGAAGGGAAGGAAGGGGAGGAGGAGGAGGUGGGGGAGGUUGGGGUGGUACGGGUGAUGCCGUAGGUGGUGGUAGUGCUGGUGGUGGGGGUGGUUGGGGUGGUGCAGGUGCUGCAGCUGGUGGUGGUGCUGCUGGUGAGGGUGGGGGUGGUUGGGGCAGUGAUGGUGCUGCUCGUAAUGGUGGUGCUCGUGGGAGUGGUUGGGGUGAUGGUGCUGCCGCUGGUGAUGGUGCGGGUGGUUGGGGUGGUGCUGCUGCUGCGGGUGAUGCUGCUGCUGGUGGUAGUGCUGCUGGUGAGGGUGGGAGUGGUUGGGGUGGUGCUGAUGCUGCUGCUGGUGGUGGUGGGAGUGGUUGGGGUGGUAGGGGUGAUGGUGCUGAUGGUGCUGGUGGUUGUGGGGGUGGUUGGGGUGGUGAUGCUGCCGCUGGUGGUGGUGGGAGUGGUUGGGGUGGUGAUGCUGCCGCUGGUGGUGGUGGGAGUGGUUGGGGUGGUGAUGCUACCGCUGGUGGUGGUGGGAGUGGUUGGGGUGGUACGGCUGAGGGUGCUGAUGGUGCUGGUGAUGGUGGGGGUGGUUGGGGUGGUACGGGCGAUGCUGCCGCUGGUGUUGGUGGGAGCGCUGGGAGAGAGGGGAUGGGCGAUGGGGGAGGGGCAACAGGAGAGGCGGUUGGGGGAGCAGGUGACGGGGGAGGGGGGAUGGGCGAUGGGGGAAGGGGGAUGGGUAAUGGGGGAGGGGGGAUGGGUAAUGGGGGAGGUGGGACAGGAGAGGAGGUUGGGGGAGCAGCGGCAGGGAGGACAGGGGAGGAGGUUGGGGGAGCAGCGGCAGGGGGGACAGGGGAGAAGGUUGGGGGAGCAGCGGCAGGGGGGACAGGGGAGGAGGUUGGGGGAGCAGGGGCAGGAGGGACAGGCGCAGUGGAGGGGGCAACGGGAAAGAAGGCGGCAGGGAUUAGGGUUUACUGUAGCUCGGGCGUAGGGGGAGGGAGCGCGGGGGUGUGGGGGAGGAGUGUGGCGGAUCGAGGUGUGUUUGGAGGGAGGGAGAGAGCUAUUCUGAUUGGCCACGUGGCGGCUGGGGUAGAAGGGGGAGGCGGCGUAGUGGGCGCUGCUUGCAUGUCGCCUCCUCACCCCGCAUCCCGCCCUUCUCUCCCAUCCUCUCCCCUCCAGCCGCCCUGCCUGACUGCCACAGGGGAGGAGGAAAAAGUGCGUAAUCUCAUGGUGUCUCAGGUGGAGGGGGGAGGUGGCAUAGUGGAUGCUGCUCGCAUGGACACGGACAGUCAUGGCACGCGGCUGGGGAGGGUGAGUCUCACCCUCUCACGCGAGUCUGGGGUUGUGACAGUCAGUCUCUGGGUAGAAGGGGGAGGCGGAAUAGUGGACGCUGCUCGCAUGGACACGGACCAGUCACGCCAUGCGACAUGGCAGUCAUGGUGUGCGUUUGAGGGCCACCCUCCGACCAGAGGUGGGGGACAAGCUCACGAGUCGGCACGGCCAGACGGGAGUUAUUGGGCCAGGGCCACGCUCCGACCAGAGGUGGGGGACAAGCUGACGAGCCGGCACGGGCAGAAGGGAGUGAUUGGCCGCGUGCUGCCCUCCCACGACCUGCCCUGGUUCGAUGCCGUUGCCAGAAUCAGUUCCUCUUUUAAAGCCCCUGGUGCUUCUGGCGGUGCUGCUGCUGGUGCUGCCAGUGCUGCCGCUGCUGGUGCUGGUGCUCCUGCAAAUGCAAAUUCAACUGCUGCUGGCGCUGCAGCAGUGGGAGCCCCACUAGGAGUGGUGCCUGAUCUGGUGAUCAACCCACACGCGCUGCCCUCCCGCAUGACACUGGGGCAAGUCAUGGAAGCACUGUUCGCCAAGGUAUCAGUGGGAGCCCCGCAAGGGGUGGUACCUGAUCUGGUGAUCAACCCACACGCACUGCCCUCCCGCAUGACACUGGGGCAAGUCAUGGAAGCACUGUUCGCCAAGGUAUCAGUGGGAGCCCCGCAAGGGGUGGUACCUGAUCUGGUGAUCAACCGACACGCGCUGCCCUCUCGCAUGACGCUGGGGCAAGUCAUGGAAGCACUGUUCGCCAAGGCACUGCAAGGGGUGGUACCGGAUCUGGUGAUCAACCCACACGCGCUGCCCUCUCGCAUGACACUGGGGCAAGUCAUGGAAGCACUCUUUGCUAAGGUGGCAUGCUCCCCCGUGCAAGAGACAAGCGGCAAUAAGAGCAUCUCCUCCUUCUCCUCGGACCUUUGGGGGUCGGACCUUCUGUCCGAAGCACAGCAGCGGCUGCGCAGUUGCGGCUACUCUCCUCUUGACUUGGGCAAAGACAUUGCGUACUGUGGGGUGACAGGACAAGAGAUGGAGGGGAGGGUGUUUGUCGGCCCCACUCACUACCUGCGGCUGAAACAUCUGGCAGCUGACAAGAGAGCCACAAGGGCCAUAGGGACCAAGCAGAUGACUACCCGACAGCCCACCAAGGGCAGGGCGCAGCAGGGGGGCAUGCGGGUGGGGGAGAUGGAGAGAGACUGCAUGGUGGCUCACGGGGCAGCGCACUCCCUCUCUGAGCGCCUCUCGCUCCUCUCAGACGCCACCGCCGUUACUGUCUGCUCUGCCUGCCGCCUCAUCGCCACUGCGGCGGGUGGCUCUGGGGGAGGUGCACCUGGGGGAGGUGGUGGUGGUGGCAGCGGUUUUGAUGGUUAUGCUGCUGCUGGUGGUUUCGGUGGCUUUGGAGGAGAGGGGAGUGAUCGCCAUGGCCCUGGGUGCCAGUCGUGUGGAAGCAGCAGGAACACCACAGAGGUGUGCAUGCCGUAUGCUGUGAAGCUACUGUUUGAUGAGAUGAGGGCCAUGGGGAUUUCAGUGCGCGUGCAGCCAUCCCACUGCUGA